GAAAAGGAAAGAAAGAAAAUGAGGACCUGCCCCUCAGUUGGAUUGCGCAGAUUGGCACUUGUGACAGUUUGCUUCACGGUUCUUGCCAUCAUUGCAUUCCAUGGAAAAGGUGCUUACAAGAGCCAUUCAAGUCACAUUCACCAAGAAGAGGUUCAGGAUGGAGGAAAGGGUGACCUGGGGAUGGAGCUAUAUCCUACAGGGUCCAGACUGCCAGACUGCUCCCAUGCAUGCGGACCCUGUUUUCCAUGCAAGAGGGUUAUGGUGAGCUUCAAAUGCUCAAAUUCGGAGUCUUGCCCAAUUGUAUACAGGUGCAUGUGUAAAGGGAAAUUCUACCAUGUUCCCUCCAACUGAGAAAGGCAUACAUAUAUAUAUAGGACGAUUAGCUAGCUGGCCAAUGUGGGUUCUCUGUUAGUACAAGGAUAGUUCAAGAUUUGAAGGGUUUUUUUUUUUUUUUUUUUUUUCUCUUUUUGUGGGUUGUUCUGCUAGCUUUUGCUCUAUUCAGAUGUUUACUAGGGAGUAGUAAUUUCUUUUGGAUGGUGCGGACAUGAUCAAUUUGAAGCCACUUGGACUUGGUUCUAUAUAUAUAUAUGUCUUGUGGAUAUUGUGA